AGCUGGAAUCAUGAACAGAUCGUUCGCUACUUUUUCCCUAGCUUGGGCAAUCUUCUGCCUAAUUAAUUCAUCUGACGCAGGAAGGGCUUUCGAGCAACUGAGGCAACAGGAUUGCGGAGUCCUACCGAACACAACUAUCACCCAAAGACUUCACUCAAGGAUCUAUGGUGGCAAGCCAUCCUUCUUGAUGACCCAACCCUGGAUGGCGUUUAUCUAUAUACCAAAUAAUUUGGAGACUUGCCGAUGUGGAGGAUCUCUUAUCUCACAGCGCUUUGUUUUGACUGCUGCGCAUUGUUAUGAAAUGUGCCCUAAGCCCAGCGAAUUACGAGUGCGGCUGGGAGAGUUCGACUUAAAUUCCUCAACUGAUUGCAUUACAUUUGGUUAUAAACGGAUUUGUGCCCCACCCGUAGAGGAAUUCGCGAUAGAAAGAUGGAUUAUUCACGAGGGGUUUAAUGUCUUUACUCCUGGGUAUGAUAUUGCUCUGGUGAGACUUGAUCAGAUAGUGGUCUUCAAAGAUCACAUUCGACCCAUUUGCCUUCCCUUGACCGAAGAUCUUCAGGCCUACACCUCGGUCAUCGGAAAUCCCUAUAAGGCUGUGGGCUGGGGAUUAACGGAAAAUGGUAUUUCUUCCAUCAUAUUGAUGGAGGUCGAAAUAGACACGGAUAGGUGUCCCAACGGCGAGGACAGUUCGUUUUUGUGCGCCAAUGGAAACGAUGUGGACACCUGCAGAGGUGACUCAGGUGGGCCGCUCGUCAUGUCACGUAAUUAUUUUGGCACCAGCGGAAAUGUCCAAUAUGGAGUGACUAGCAGCGGGCACACUGAGUGUGGAGCUGGUCGAGGAGCCAGCUACAUGAAUGUAUCCAGCUUUAUGCCCUGGAUAAUCGCCAAGCUAGAAGCUUUUCCUUAACUAAGUUUUUGUGCUAUUUAGAAAUAAGAUAACAACCUUUGAAUUUGUUGUUACUAAAGUCUAAGCAAAUUUGGAAAAGCCGUAAAUAAACUUUCUUGCAGUCGAGGUCUUUCUAGCAGGGAAUUCCUCCAAAUAAACAACCUA